GAAGUUGUCGUUGGUUUCCCUGGUUUAUGCGCUUGCUCUGGGAGUUGUUGACUCUGCUUGAUCAUGGGUUUGAGGCUUCCCACCGUCGCGGUAGUCAAUUCCAUCUCCACGCAUCUCAUGGUCAUGUCGCACUUGUUUCUGCUUUUGCACUCAAGUUUAUUGCUUCCUUUGCCACAAAUGUCAAAGCCUUUGCAGUUGCCUCUUCGGUAUGGUUUUAUGCGGAUGUGAAGUUGCUACGCUCCGUGCUACUGACUCCAGGAGGGACUUAGUAGAGUGAGUAAGCAUUGCCUGCCUCAUAAAGCUUGGUGGUUCCGCAGUCACAUGUUUGUCUCGGACUAUUCGUUGAACGGACUGCUUCCUUGCUUCUCGAUCUUCCGCUUUGUUUCUUUGUAUUUUUCAUUGUUGUCUUCAUUUCUAGAUGCACUUUAGGGAAACGUUUUUAUCUUGCAUCAAGCUGUCUUCUACCAUUAUCAUUAUGUUAAUGGUUUGAAUUGAUGAUUUGGUGCAAGAAAGUGGUAUGCUUCCAUGUUUUUUAUCAUUUUUUUGGCAUGGGACCAUGUAUUUGGUUAUGCUUAAUUGUGUAACUCAAACUUUCAUUGUGAAAUGAAUAUUUACAUUCUUA